ACACACUGGGGCCCGCGGCACGGCCUUGCCUCUACUUACGGCUCCGGAGACGGCCUCGCGUGGCGCGCGCGUAGCUUUCCCCGCCCCCAAGGUCGCCGACGGAAAUGACCGGCUUUAAAGGGCCAGAGAGCAGGAUACCCUCUGUUAUUACUGCCCCACCAUCAUCUCCAGUAUUAGAUACAAGUGACAUUCGCAAAAAACCAAUGAAUAUCUACAACCUUAAUGCCAUAAUCCGGGACCAAAUCAAACAUCUGCAGAAAGCCGUGGACCGGUCCUUGCAACUGUCUCGUCAAGGAGCUGCAGCACGGGAGCUGGCCCCCGUGGUCGAUAAAGACAAGGAAGCCCUAAUGAAAGAGAUCCUCAAGUCGCUACUGAGCACCAAAUGGGAGCAGAUCCGCCACACUGAGGGCGGUGCUGAAAGCCAACAAACAGGUGAUCUCAUUCUACUGGUGAGCUAUGCUAGCCAACACUUUAGUUUAUGCCUAAAUGUUUUCAGUGUCCACUACCAUCCGGAUGGGAGAAGGAAAUGCCAACUCACUCCAGUAUUCUUGCCUGGAGAAUUCCAUGGACAGAGGAGCCUGCGGGUUAUAGUCCAUGGGGUCACAAAGAGUCGAACAUGACUGAGCAACUAACACUACUACACUACUGGAUAUACACCGCUGGAGAUGCGGGGGCGCGGAGGGCGUUGGGUGCCACCGCGGCCGGGGACCGCGAAGCCACCCGCCUGGCGCUGGACAGGCGGUGGGUCCACCUGCCAGUCUCUGUGCUAGUUCUCGCGCUCGCGCUUUUGUGUGUGUGUGUGGUUUUAAAAUGUGUGCACUUGCGGGUCAGUUAGCGGGUGUAGAAGAAAAUUCGCCCCCAAGAAUACUUGGUCACCCAUCCACCACCCAUCACCCAUUCACCGUCUCACCAAGGUGAAGUCCGAAUUAGUGAAUUCGCGCGCUCCGUGGCUGCGGAGUGCAAAACGCGGGGUUGUUGCUAGCGCGGUCAGCCGGGAUCCUGUCUCCUUCCUCCCCCGGCCAAAAGGUCAGCGCACCUGCCCUGGGGGCACCCGUUCUUGAGACGAAGCUACUCAGAGUGUGGCGUCUGGCCGCAGGCCCCUGGGAGAGACGCGGUUGGAGAGAGCAUCCAGGAAUGUGACUGCGCUGGGGGUUGGAGGGAGGUGGGCAAAAAUGACGAGAUGAGGGCUACCCUCCUUCUCCCUGGAAGAUUUCUUUUUCCUCUUGGAUCUUGACCCCCAGACCCUGCAACCCACCCGCCGCCGCUCUCUCGCAGCGAGUCUCAGCUCCGCCUGCACUUUGGAAUAAACUGGAGCGCUUUUCAACCCUGCAGAGCUGGAUGCUGCCACUGCAAAAUCUCAGCUGGUUAGCGGUGGGGCCAGAGCAAUCCUAUUUUUCAGAGCUUCCCGGGUGAUUUCGGCAGGCAGCCUGGACCAUCCGCCUCCCCGCGACCCCCGCGUCCCCGCUUCCUAUUCCUCUCGCAACCCGCAGGGGGCGUGCUCUGCUCUCUGUCCAGAUUUCCUUAGAAAGCUGGGACCCUCGGCUGUAAAAGUGACUUGAAGAACUUUGAAAGUCACCAGUGAAAAUCUUUUCCUUUUUUCUUUCCUUUCUUUGCUUUGCUCAGUUAUUCAUCACUAACUUUUUUAUGUUAGUGGCAUAAAACUGGCAAGAAAGUGCAACGAUUCCCCAAACAUUCCCUGCCCGGUGCCUAGCCUCCCCUUUUAUCAUCUCCCGCCAGAAUGGUACAUUUAUUACAACUGAUGAACCUACGGUAACACAUCAUUAUCACCCCAAGACCAGAGUUUACACAUUAGACUUCACUGUUGGUAUCAGUUCAGUUCAGUUUUGUUGCUCAGUCGUGUCUGACUCUGUGACCCCAUGAACUGCAACAUGCCAGGCCUCCCUGUCCAUCACCAACUCCUGGAGUUUACUCAAACUC